AUGGCGACGAGAGCAGAACCGAAGGUCGAGGUGAAGGUUUUCGUGGACGAGGAGAACAGCAGGGUGGUCUUCGCGGAGUCCGGCAGGGAGUUCGUCGACGUGCUCUUCGGCUUCCUCACGCCGCCUCUCGGCACCAUCGUUCGCCUCCUCGGCAAGCAGGCCCAGGCCGGGUGCCUGGACGAGCUCUACAAGAGCGUGGAGGGGCUCCCCACAAGGCUCUUCAGAACUGAGGCCUGCAAGACGAUGCUUCUCAGUCCCAUCAACGCUGCGGCGAAGCAGUGCUGUCAGCUCAAGGUCAGAGUGGACGACACCAAGCACAGGGAGGUCUAUGUCUGCGCUGACACGAGCUGCUGCGCGUGCUGAAGGCGCCUUCAGCAUGCUGAAGGCGCCUUCAGCUCCGUCCGCGGCGCUGUCUGCAAAUGCGGCAAGGCCAUGUUCCAGCUCGCCGGGGAGAGGCCGGAGAACGAUGGUAGCACUAGCGCUGCUGGUGCUGGCGAUUCUGAUGUCGGUGUUUUUGUUAAAGAGGACGUGAAGUUCAUCGUCACCGAUGAUUUUCAUGUGGCACCGGCCUCAACGUCUCUCAUGUUAUCCAUUUUGGAGAAGUUUGAAGUUCAGGAUCUCUCCUGUCUUGAGCAGAGGACUCUCCAGCUUAGUUCAGACAAGAUGAUUAGCCUGCUCAAGAGAUCAUUAACGUCGAAGAACCCUUUAACCGGUCACUAUUUUGAUCUUCCCAUCGCGCCUGAUGACUCAGUCACAUAUAUGCUCCCUGAGAACUUGCAUCCUCAACAUGAAAACGAUGAUGAUCACACCCUAAACAAUGUUAAGAUUAAGGUUCUUCAGACCAAGGACAAUUCAUCGGUGUUGUACGCUGAAGCUGGUGCCGAUUUUGUGGAUCUUCUCUUGGGAUUGCUAAGCAUACCACUGGGAUCCAUAGUGAAAAGGUAUGGGAAGUGCACAUCAAAAGGAUGUGUGGACAAUCUUUACAGUAGCAUAGGUGGAUUUGCUGAAGAAUUCUUGAGGCCAGGGUGCCAGAUCUUGCUACUGUCCCCAAACCUGCCACCCUUCUUCGGUUGCGGCACUAGUAAGAUGCUUCAGGUUGAAGAACUAUCUCCUUAUAAGCAAGAUAUCGAUGGCCGCAUCAAGUGCUUCAAGAUCGGCGGUUUCAGGGAUCUUGCACGUUGCUGGGAGAAGCAUUAUGUUUACAACGGUUUAGAAAAUGUAUAUACAUAUAAGAAUUGCCGUGCUGAUGUAAAGAAAUCAAGCCUUUUUGAGUGGAACCCAAAACUACCAAAGGGAGAAGAAAGUGGCACUGGAGAACCAUAUGUCAAGCAGGGGCCUCAGAGCUUCAUGGUUAGUAACGAUCUACAUGUCCUUCCUCUGUCCUUAGCAAGCACUCUACGGGUCAUUAGUGAAGCCAAGAUUCAGAGAAAGGACCUUGUGGAGAAAGAGCUCGCUCUCACAAAACCCCAGAUUAUGGAGCUACUGAAAGCUGCCUUGGUGACUCGCAAAGCUCUCAGCUGUGCGCUUCUGCCUCCCAAGGAGCCUGCUCCCAAGAAUAUGAAGAAGCUGCAUCACCAGAGCUUCGGUCUAUAUUGA